UAUUGGCUCUGGUUUGGGUUUCAGCUUCUUUCAAUUUCUCCAGAUUUUGAUUUGUUAGGGUUUUACUUUGAUCUGUUUUUCAGUGACUGAUCAAAAGCAUUAUAAUUAUAGAUGUAGAACUUAUAGUUCAAUGCAGUUUUAUUUCGAAAUUAUAAUCAUUAUAUUGAGCAACUUGAAUGAGUUGGUGGUGCUUGAUGUGUGGCCCUAGGUUUUCUUUUCUCUGUUUGUGUUGGGGAGAAAUAAUGUAGGUAAUUUUGAGACUUGAAGGCGGUUUAGUGCAGCUGUAGCUUCUAAUGAAGAUUUUCUCGGGAAAAUUUAUGUAAAGAAGAGGUAUCUACUAAUAUGUGAAAAUAAAAUAUGAAAAAUUUUAAAUUUUGAAACCCCUUCUUGGAAGCUCUUUGGAAAAAGGAUCUUAUAUCUAACUUUAGUGAAAAGAGGUUUUAGGUUUCAGACAUCUUUUAGUUGUAACUAAAACACAAUGUAAAGAUGAUCUAUAGGUAGAAAAACUUUUGGGCAAUCAAGAAGUUGAUGCCAAACUGAGCCCUAAUCUGGGACAACUCUAAGGUAGCUGCCAUGAAGAAAGAGAUAGAUAUACCUUAAGGCUUUUUAGGUGUCUCAACAGGAUCAGAAAAUAACAAAGUCUCCCAAUUCAACUUUAGUCUUAUUAAAGUCUUCUAGGAGUUUGACAUGUAGAGAACUAUUAUUAUUCAUUUUGUUUUCAUUUUAUAACAAUUUGUCUUAUUUAAAUUGAAAGUUUUAAAAGUAUAAAAGCUUCCUAUAAUAAGAAAUUAUAAGUAAAAAAGCCUUUUAAAUAGGAGUCGAAAAACCAAAUACUUCUAACUUUUGUUGUUGAUGAUUGAUCUAUUCAGUUCUGUAAGCCCUGUAGAAUUAUGUUGUUUUUGAAGAUCCUUUAAUCCACUGUUUGUGGUGACCUUUAUUCUCCUUUCCUUUGGGUUUGCUGAAAGUUAUCCUUUGCAUUAUUUUUCGUUGUUUGCUGGAGUGUGCCAAUCAUCCUGAAAGGGCCUUAACUGUUCAAACGUUGAGCUAUCUGCUUUUAAAAUUGAGCUAAAAGUUAUGGUUUGCUUUCGUUUAAGAUUCUUAACUAGUAAACUUGUGAGGGUAUUUUGACUUGUAUCAGCUCCAUGUGUAUGACUGUAGGUUUAACUUUUUGCCAAGAAGCUUGUUGAUAUGAACUCCCAACUUUUUUCAAUAAAUAAAUAAACAGAGAGAGGGAUAAUUAAUGAAGAUAUAUUUGUUAUCCUGAGUGUGGAAUUGCCUUGAUGAGGGAAAAGCUCAAGCUGAAGAACUACAAAGCUAGGACUUUACUGGGUUUGGGUGAUUGCCAAUUUUGAAGUGUUUGAAUGACAUAUUGGUAGAGAAACUUUCAACAUGGGGUGAGGAGAGCUGCUAUUGUCUUAUCAGACUAGCCAAACCAAGUAACUUCUGAGUUUUCCAAAUUCCAGGAGACUAUCUGAAUUCUGUGGCACUAUUUUCAGUGGAAUCUUCUUGCUUGAAACUUCUGGAUUGAAUCAUUCUAAAAUAAAAAAUAAAUACAUCAGCACCCCCCACCCAACAAAUCCCACUUCCUGAUUAGCAUUGUACGUAACCUAUUUUUUGCAGGGCUGUUGAAUAAUUUGUUUUAUUCUUUCAUCACAUGCUAUCCUUAACUUGCAGGAAGUAGUGGGUCAAUGAUGUCCUCUGCAGUAAAGUCUGGAGCAUUGGUUUCUUUGCAAGACCUACAACCAUCUUCUCCAUUCUUUAAGCAAGGAGCUUCACUUAGAGUUACUGGAAAGCUACAAGAGUACUCUGUUGAGACAGCUAUAGCCAUAGUUAUUGAUGGGAGUGCCAACCUGAAGAUCAACACCCAGCAUCUGAGGGACCUUACAUUUCGAGCUGGCUCCAUUUAUCAAUUCAUAGGUGAACUCCUCAUUCAACCCGAUAAUGAGGCAAUCUUACAAGCAAGAGUGGGUAGGAAUGUCGAUGGCAUCGACCUCAACCUCUAUCACCAGUCUCUGCAGCUGGUGAGACAGUUUCAGGCAGACCACAUGAAUGACCAAGCAGCUUAGUCCAGUUUCCCCCAGAGGCUCGGCAAGAGAAUUUUCACAAAGAAAGGUGUGGAGGAGGAGGUGUAUGGAGAAGUUUCUCGUUGCUGGGGACAAAAUCUUUUACCAAAUAUUAGGAUCUAUGACUUUGAAUUGGGCCGGGCCCACCAGAAAGACGGGCCAAGAGUCUUGAUCUGACAAAGGCGUGGUCAAUUGGCUAUCAACUUAUAGGUGGGGGAGAGGGCAUCAUCCCCAUCUUUGAUAUUUCCCUAUGUACUCUCCUCAUAGGUGGGGGGAUUCAUACCAAUUAUUUGUUUCAAAAACAUUUUUUUUUCCCCUAAAUCAUUUUGUUUCUACUGAAAAAAUAAUUAUUCUUUUUUU